AGUUUGCAUAUGCAAAAUGCUGUAAGAACCAAAUGCUACAAAUGUAUCCUUAUCUUGAAGUAGGAAAACAACUUUGCCACCCACACUAUUGCAGUAUAAUAGAAGCUGAUAGGAGUCAACGAAGACGAAAGCUUAAACAAAAAAAAGUAAUAAUUCAAAAAAAAAGAAAAGUAUUAGAACCAAUAGAACCUUCAAAUAAUAAUAAUAUGAGUCAAUAUCAAUGCCAAAGUUUCAUAUUUGCCUCAAAGAUACAAACAUUAACAAAAGUAUUAUACCGUCAGCAAUAUCAAGAGCAUGCAAAUUUAGAAUUAGAUCC